AUGGAAGGGAGGUGCGUGGUUGAGACGGUGACAGAUUUUGGCUUUUGUUCGGCAUCAAGCAUACUGAAAGUGAGCUCCUCUUCUGGGACCGAUGUGUUCCUGUGUAUUGGAAGCGAUGAGGUUUUUGUCUUCAACUACCAAGACAGAAAAUUGAAGGCAAUCUUUCUCUUUCCUGAUUAUGUGAGGGAUCUGGUUCUAAAUGAAGACAAGCACACCCUCUACGUGGCUUGCUGCAGUGGCGUUUACUGCAUCUGUUUGUCAUCUUUGCCGUCCAGGUCAGACGCCUCCUGUAUUGCACCUCAAGUGAAAGUAUCUAAUGAGCAUCUUGUAAUCAGAGAAGAUGGAAUAUUAGCCCUACUCUUAGUUAACUCUCUGCUCCUGACUCUUCGACUAACAAACACAUCCUGGCUGCUGACACGCUACAGAAUAGCAGAAGACUCCACAUUCAGCCGCUAUGAAAUGCUCGGUUCAUUUAAAGUGCCCGUGAUAUCAGACUCUGAUCAUCACAGCUCAGAUGAGUGGAGUGAAAAGAAGCCAGUGCUGUUCUGUGUCCACUCUGCAGACGCGCCGUCUUCAUCGAACUUGCCCAGUGGUCACAUCUGCCUCGACCCCAUUCUCUUUAAAGUUCUGUUCGGGGUGGACGUAGCUCUCGCCAAAUCGCCAGUUGUUUUAUGUGGUUUGCCAGACGGCCGUCUGUGUUUUGUUGCUCAUCGUGUACCAGGAUCACAACUCCGAGUCCUCUACAGCCUUGAGCAGCCUGUGGUGUUUAUUGGAACCCAAACAAACUCGUCCAGCUUUUUGGUAGCACUGAGCCAACAAGGAAAAGUUGUGCUUGUCACACUUAAGCAAAAAGGACUGCAAGGAGGUGGCGUCACAGCUGCAUUUACCGAACUGUGUGUCCCGGGACCUGUGGUUUGUGCCUGUCUAGAUAAAUGCUCCCUUUACUACAGCAUUGGUUCAGACCUGCUGGCACUAGAUCUGGUACUGGCCUCCACUGGUGGAUCAGAGGCAGAAAAGGGAGGAUCUCAGAAGAGAGCUGCUGCCCCUCAGAACAUCAGUUUAAAUGUGUGUAGAGUCAUUGCCUUGGCAGAACAUGUGAAGAAUAUUGAAGGUAAAAUUCAGCUAGUCGGACUGUCUAGCAGAGGUCAGCUCCAAAUAAUCCGUUUGCCUGCUGGCGUGCAAGAUGGAGAGUCGUCUUCUCAUGCUGGCCGCAGCAUCAAAGAUGUCCUUUCAGCCAUUGGAGAUGUUUGUGAGAGAGCAUCAGUUUUGAAAACGUCUAUCAAAGCCAGUAACCAAACUCUGACACACCUGAAUCAGGUGCUCAACAUUAGCUUCUUAUUGAAGGCCGACGACAAGAUGGAGAAACAAAUCAGAUGUCAUGCCACGACCAGCUGGAGCACAUUGCUUCAAGAAGACUCUUUGAACUUAAAAUACAUCCUGGAUAAUGGAAGUUCUUAUAUUUUGGAGCGAGGAUGGACACUCGACAUUACACUGUCUUCCAUGUGCGACUCCACCGAGGUGGAAAGCUGCUCCACACAUUAUUCAUUCCCAUUUCAGAAUCUUCACCCAGGCGACAAACUGGAGGUUUCUCUACCACUGACUACUGAAGGACACUGGUCAUUCCCUUGCACUGUUUCAUGUUCCCUCACUUUCACCCUCUCAAGUAUCCUCGGAGAAGAGGCGUUAACAGAGCUUUCAGAGGGUGGUCUUGUUAGUUUGCCAUUAAACACACUGACUGUGGACUGGUUACACACCCUGCGGGUAGUCAGUCCGGCAGAUGUCAAGAGAAACGCCACACCUCGACCUUACGACGUCACUACAAUGGACACUGUCCGAGCUUUUUUGAAAUCACGCGGCAGUUUGAGAGGUGAUGCGGUGAACAAGCAGCAUUCUACGUGCAUUAAGGUGUCAUCACAGUUGCUGAGAGAGAUGUUGAAAGCUUCUGAGGGGACGUCAAACGUGGGCAUCUCAUUGCUGGACUGGCUAAUCUGUGAAGACCACGGAGGGGUGAAAAGCAAGGAGCAAGGAGAUGUGAAGACCCUGAACAGCUCAGUGAUCCAUGCGCGAGCUCCGAACGGGCACCUCAUAAAGAUGACGGCAAAAGAGGUUGUUCAGGUUAACCAAACAGAGGACAGUGCUGUGACGCAAGAGGCCCCCCUGGCUAUCGUUGAGGUUCAUGUUGAGAGUUCCUCAUUGGCAGCUGUAUGUGGAAUGCAUCAUGCAGUCUUGCAGAGACUACAGGUUUUAAACUCUUUUCAAUUUAAAAACCAUAUUGAGAAAUAA